AGAGAGCCCCAAAGAUCAGCUUUUAUUAUAGUGACAUAUAUGCUCAUGUUGUUGUUGCUGUUUUUUUCGUUUCUUAAGGUUAGAAAAUUUUAGUAUGGCAGAGAGAGAGAGAGAGAGAGUAAAUUAAUUAGAGGAAGGGAGGGUGGGAGAGAGGAUAGAUAGAUAGUUUAAUUUUGAUGUCUUUGAGAAUGGAGAAGAGUGGUGGUGGUGGUGAAGAAAUGGUGUUCUCAGUGGAGUCUCAGAAGGCGGUGCCGGCGCCAUUUCUGAUAAAGACAUAUGAGCUUGUGGAUGAUCCUCGGACCGACCACAUUGUGUGUUGGGGUGAAGAUGAAACAACUUUUGUUGUUUGGAGACCCCCUGAGUUUGCUAGGGAUCUCCUCCCAAACUACUUCAAGCACAACAACUUCUCCAGCUUUGUUCGACAGCUUAAUACCUAUGGCUUCAAAAAGAUAGUCUCAGAUCGAUGGGAAUUUGCAAACGAGUACUUCAGAAAAGGAGCAAAGCACUUAUUGUCCGAGAUCCACAGAAGAAAAACCCCUCACCAGCACCAGCACCAGCACCAUCACCAACAACACUACAACUACGAGCAGCCAAACCAAUUUUUCCAACCAGCUGAUAACGACAAUGUCGGCAGCUGGUUUGACUCGCCGCCAUUAAUGCCAUCUCCAAAACCGACUACCGACAUCCUUACAGCUCUAACGGAAGACAACCAACGACUGAGGAGAAAAAACUUCAUGCUACUGUCCGAGCUCGCUCACAUGAAGAAUCUAUACAACGACAUCAUCUACUUCAUUCAAAACCAUGUAAAAUCGGCGCCGUUUGAGCAAAGAAGCAGUGAUUUUCCUGCUGCUGCUGCUGCUGCUCAUCCCAAGCAGCUCCUCAUAGAGUUGGAUUCUUCAUGCCAAAUGCAAAGUGCUGUUAAUUAUGUGGGCGUUCUUCAUGGGGCUAAAAGCUGCAGCCUAAGCCUUGGUAAGCCGGCUCUGGUGGCUUCAAAUGAGGAAAAGAAUACUACUGUGAAGCUCUUUGGAGUCCCUCUCAGUGGGAAGAAGAGAUUGUAUUCAGAAAAGGUUUCAGAUGUUUAGCCCUUUUCUUGUAGUCUCCAAUCAUUUUGAAUAUAUGGGAGUUAUUAGCAGGAAAAAGUUAAU